CAGACCCUGUUGGCCUUAUGCAAGUUGCUUCUUGGCGAUGAGCCAUCGCACCUAUCCCAGUAUGCAUGGUCUUACAUUGGUUCUAAAGUUGGAAGCAUAUUCUCGACCUCGAUCUCACGACUUGCACCCAAAUGAUGGAUCAACUUCGCUCCAAGUUACCAUCAUGUACGGUUUCAUUCGAAGAAUGCGAUGUAUCCUCCGGAAAGAGCCAAGCUGCCGUGUUUGAGAAGAUUGAUGCUCAGCAAAGACGGAUUGACAUUGUCUUUACCAAUGCGGCUAUCACUGAAAAAGGAAGUUUAUUGCCCUUGCAGAACGAGGACGGCAGCAAGGGACCAAGCAAGCCAAACUUUUCAUAAUGGAAUGAGAAUCUGCAUUAUCUGAUCGGCGUCAUAUACUGUAAGCUAUACUACCUCAAAAGACGCAAACUGGCAGAAGAGAUACUGGCAUGUUCACUUGACAGCCUUCCUUAAUACAUGUCCAAAACUCAACAUCCGCUUCGCAAGGCGAUGUGAUCACGGUUCUAUCAUCUGUCGCCCAAGAGGCCUUCUUUGAUCAUCUACACAUAAGAUGGGCAGGCAGGAC